GGGGGGGGGGAGCAGCGCGUUAGGUUGCGCGAGUUCCGGCCGCGCGCUCUCCGCUGAGGGGCCGCCGCGGUCCCGCUGUCCCGGCCCGGAGCCCGGCCCGGUGUCCGUGUCCGUGUCCGCAUCCCCGGUCGGUGCCGCCGCAAGGUGUUGGGGGGAAGAUGCAGGGCAACAAAGGGUUCAACAUGGAGAAGCAGAACCACGCGCCGCGCAAGCAGCACCAGCAGCACCCGCCGCCGUCCAUCCCGGCCAACGGGCAGCAGGCCAACAGCCAGAAGCAGCUGUGUACCUUAUUCCCCUCAGAUGAAGGCCUGACUAUUGACCUGAAGAAUUUCCGGAAACCCGGGGAAAAGACCUUCACCCAAAGAAGCCGCCUAUUUGUGGGGAAUCUGCCCCCAGAUAUUACAGAGGAAGAGAUGAGAAAGUUGUUUGAGAAGUAUGGCAAGGCAGGGGAAGUCUUCAUACACAAGGACAAAGGCUUUGGUUUUAUCAGGCUGGAAACUCGCACCCUGGCAGAGAUUGCCAAGGUGGAACUAGACAACAUGCCUCUCCGUGGGAAGCAGCUCCGAGUGCGCUUUGCCUGCCACAGCGCAUCGCUGACAGUCAGGAACCUGCCCCAGUUUGUGUCCAAUGAGCUCCUGGAGGAAGCCUUCUCAGUGUUUGGCCAGGUGGAAAGGGCUGUGGUUAUUGUGGAUGACAGAGGCCGAUCCUCUGGGAAAGGCAUUGUGGAGUUCUCAGGGAAGCCUGCUGCCAGGAAAGCCCUGGAUAGAUGUAGUGAUGGGUCUUUCCUGCUGACUACAUUCCCUCGGCCUGUCACUGUGGAGCCCAUGGAUCAAUAUGAUGAUGAAGAGGGACUACCAGAGAAACUAGUCAUCAAAAACCAGCAAUAUCACAAGGAGCGUGAGCAGCCUCCUCGGUUCGCUCAGCCCGGCAGCUUUGAGUAUGAAUAUGCCAUGCGUUGGAAGGCUCUAAUAGAGAUGGAGAAGCAGCAGCAGGAACAAGUAGAUCGCAACAUCAAGGAAGCUCGGGAGAAGCUGGAAAUGGAAAUGGAAGCAGCUCGCCACGAGCACCAAGUCAUGCUCAUGCGGCAAGAUUUAAUGAGACGCCAGGAGGAGCUGAGGAGAAUGGAGGAGUUGCAUAACCAAGAAGUACAAAAACGUAAACAGUUGGAACUCAGGCAAGAGGAGGAACGCCGGCGCCGCGAGGAGGAAAUGAGGAGGCAGCAGGAAGAGAUGAUGAGACGCCAGCAGGAAGGCUUUAAAGGGAACUUUGCCGAUGCGAGGGAGCCACCAGACAUGCGAAUGGGACAGAUGGGUAUGGGAGGUACCAUUGGCAUGAACAAUAGAGGAGCCAUGGGUGGUACCAAUGUCCCAGCUCCUGCACCUCCUGCGACUGGGCCUGGAGCCAUGAUACCUGAUGGAGCCAUGGGAAUGACUCCACCACCUCCUCCGGACCGCUUCGGCCAGGGCGGAGCCAUGGAAGGCCUGGGAGCCAUGGGAGGGAACCCCCCUGCCUUCAACAGAGGAAACCCAGGGGGGGAUUUUGGCCCCAACAAGCGCCGCAGAUACUAACGGGGUGAAGCUGUCCCCUGUACACACCCCAAAGACAGAGACAUCUUGGCAGGCCACACAGGGUUCAACCUGGGGGGACUGGAGGGGAACAUUUGAAAAAAAAAAUAGCUAAUUAGGGCCUGUUCUGGUAAAGCCACUCUAGGACAAGGGGAGUGUAGUCUGACUGGUAAAGGUUUUAGAAGAUUUCAUGUGGUGCAUUCCUAAUUUCAAAGUGAAAAAUGGAUUCUGGGAGGCUGCCGUGGUGGUUCGGUAACGGUGAAAUCUGGCAAGGACCCGAAUGCCUCGACCAUUCCAGGUUUCCUGUUUGCAGCUGAAAUCAUGAGACUAAAUAAGAUAAAAUUUCAGUAUGUCUUGGCAUUUUUUUAGUGUAGUGAACCUUGCUUAAGAGCACAGGGAAGUCUCUGGAGAACUAGGGCAGCAUUUGGGUACUUUGCAGCUCCCAUGAUUUUGUAAAUUUAUAUAGCUCCAAAUGAUCUGUCAUGUAGUGAAUUGGGGGAGGCUUUAUGUUUGUUUUUUUUUCUUUUUUUUUUUCCUCCUAACUUGUUAGUUACUCUUUUUAUCUGGACCAUUUGUUUCUUUAAAGUAGUUGACAGUUGUGCAGCCUGAAUGGCUGAGAGGUUCUUGUUGGGAUGGAUUUUUUUGAUAAGGUGUUGUAUCUCUUUAUUUUUACUGGUAGUAAAGUACAAUCUAUUGGAUAAAGAUACUGUAUCUCAUGCUGAAGAUUUAACUGAAAAAAAUGUUUGUAUAAUCCUAACCUUGCCUGUCUUUUGUGUAGAAGUACUACAAGACUUUUCAUUUAGUGUAAACUGUUUGAACACAAACUGUAAUUGUCCCACUAAAAAAGUUCAAGUUUGUCUGAGGAAUGUUACGGGAAUGCAUUAUUAAAGUGGAUUUUAAGCCUUUUU